CGAUGCGGUCGUCAUGGAAGUUUCGAUGCUUUCGCACGCUUCAGCGAGCGAGGACGCUGAGACGCUUCCCGCACAACAUCAGAACUUCACGGUCGGCCUGGUGCUCGCCGUGAGCAGCAGUCUUUUUAUUGGAUCAUCUUUCAUCGUUAAGAAAAAAGGUCUCCUGAGACUCUCGAAAUUCGGGAGAACGCGAGCCGGAGCUGGCGGUUUUGGAUAUCUACGGGACUGGGUGUGGUGGGCGGGGCUGAUCCUUAUGGGCGUGGGUGAGGCAGCGAAUUUCGCGGCCUAUGCCUUCGCACCGGCGUCUCUAGUCACUCCGCUGGGUGCUUUGAGCGUUUUGGUGAGCGCCGUGCUCUCGACAUAUUAUCUCGAUGAGCGACUGAACCUCUUGGGAAAAGUCAGCUGCCUCCUCUGCGUUCUAGGAUCCACCGUGAUUGUUCUCCAUAGCCCACCGGAAGGCAACGUCAACUACGUACGAAUUUUAGGGAUGAUGCUCCUCGAACCACAGUUCGUCCUCUAUGUGAUAUUCGUAGUUGUUCUGUCGAGCGCGUUCAUUUGGAUCUAUGCGCCCCGCUACGGUAAAACGAACGUCAUUUUCUAUAUUCUGAUUUGUUCGCUGAUCGGCAGUCUCUCGGUUACGUCGUGUAAAGGUUUAGGCCUCGCUAUCAGGGAAACAUUGGCCGGGAACAACCAGAUGUUCCAUUGGGUGACGUGGGUUUGUCUCAUAUCUGUGACGCUUUGCGUCUCUGUACAGAUGAAUUAUCUCAACAAAGCGCUCGAUAUAUUUAAUACGUCAAUCGUCACCCCCAUAUAUUAUGUUUUUUUCACAACUUUUGUCCUAAUCGCUUCCGGAAUUUUAUUCAACGAGUUCACGAUGAUGCCCGCCAGAGAUAUCGUUGGUCUUUUAUCGGGGUUCCUCACCGUGAUAUGCGCAAUUUUCCUCCUGAACGCGUUCAAAGAUGUAGAUGUGACUUUGAAGAGCGUCCGGAAGUCAGCGAGUCAGCGUACGAGUUCCCGAGUGAAUAAUUCCGAGCUUGCGAAUGCGGACGACUAUCUAGUAUCUGUAGAAAACGUCUCUUUGAUUUGAGGGGCUUCCCACCUCACGUUGUUUCAAAAUCGCAAAAGUCCAUUCGGCCGGAGGCCGCCGCCAGGGGAAUCUCCUCGAUUAUACAAAUUAUUAUGAAUGCAGAGCCCCACCGAAUCAGCGAGUUUUCUAAUUCAGCCAUGCACCGAGCCCGCCAUCUUGGACUCCGGGAGAAUGAUCAGAUUGACAAAUGUCUAGUUUAGUGCCUGGAACAUUGGCGUCGAGAAAGCUUGGUGAGACCAAGGCUCAGAUUCUUCAAUUUUGAGAGUCAGACUCUCUCUCCGUAUGUUGGGAGUUGCACGAGAUACCGCAGGACCAGGGCCGUCUGGAACAAAAAGGGCAUCCUGCCUUCGCGGCAGUCACCGCUAGUCAUGUAAGGAUCUCUCGCUUGAGUUUCUACACCUGCCGAAGCUGCUGAAUAAAGUGUACAAAGCUG